AUGAUUGGCGAUAGUUUCCGUGAUUGGUUAGAAGGCGUUUUACCGAGGCUUAAAGAAAAUGCGGUUAUAAUAAUGGACAACGCGCCAUACCACUCGGUAAAGCUUGAAAAAUGCCCGACUACAAACUGGAGGAAGGCUGAUAUCGUCGAAUGGCUAGAAAGCAAAGGAGAAGUUGUUGACAAAAGUAUGAUAAUACCGGAACUUUUAAAAAUUGUGAGAAGGAUAAAACCGAUGUACAACAAAUACGUUAUCGACGAGAUGAUUUCACAACAAAAUAAAACGGUGUUAAGGUUACCGCCUUACCAUUGCGAGCUCAACCCUAUUGAGUUGGCUUGGUCUGUUGUGAAACGUCACGUGAAGUCCAACAACAAAACCUUUAAAUUGCCCGAUGUGAAAAAUCUUUUGGUUGAAGGAGUUGCUAAAGUGGACGCUGAAAUGUGGAAGAACUUCAUUAGCCACACUAUAAAAGAAGAAAAUAAGUUUUGGGCUUUAGAUGAGACAAUAGACGAUUUGACGGCUGAGCAAGAUAGCAUAAUUAUGACCAUCGGAAAUAGUGACACUGAAGAUGACGAUUUCGAUCUUUUAUCAGAUUGA